GUGGUGCAUAUUGACUACAAUGUCUGUUUUGAGAAAGGCAAAGGUCUGAGGGUGCCAGAGAAUGUCCCGUUCCGUUUGACUGCAAACAUUGAAACAGCUUUGGGUCUUACAGGAGUGGAGGGCACAUUCCGGAUAUCAUCAGAACAUGUCAUGAAGACUAUGCGUAAAGGAAGAGAGUCCCUGUUGACACUGUUGGAAGCCUUUGUGUAUGAUCCUCUAGUAGACUGGACAACUGGUGGAGAUGCAGGUUACACUGGGGCAUUCUAUGGUGGAGAACUGGCCCAGGGGGGAGGCAUUGCAGGUGACAGCAGGCAGACCAAGCAGCAGAUGGAGAGAGACAUCACCAACAGCAUGUUUUCUAUUCGUCUCACAGAGAUGGAUUCUGCCUGGUCCAAAAACAAGUCAGAACUAAAGACAAGUUUGCCAAUCCUGGCAGUGGCAGUAAGGGAGUGGAUGAAUACAUCUGAUAAACUGGAAGCAUCUUCUGCAGCAAUGGAAGAGCUGCAUGCGGUCCAGCAGGCAUUGGUUGAUGCCCAGAGUGGCCCGCAUCAUUCAGUCUACACCCUUUCAGACAGAUACUCAGAUUACAUGAUACUCAAAGGUACCCGUGACAAGGUGAUGGGUUCUGUGAGGGAGAAGAUUGCAGAGUUUAGUAACUGGCACAAGAUUCAUGUUAUGACACUAGAGAAGCUUCAGAGCUCAUCCUUUCAGUCCCUGUGUGCUGAAGUGAUGGCUAAUCUGGAGUUAGGACCCCCAAGUUUUGCUGCUUCGUCAUCAUUUCUGCAGGGAGCUGGCCAGUCACAGAUUAUCUCACAGUGUGAGCAGUUGGAGAGUGAGGUGUGUUCGCUGCUGGAGCAGAGAAGAGUCAUGCUUCACAGUGCCGUCAAUGUCUUACACACAUACAGCACCAUAGUGUCACAGUUUGGUGUGGUGUUUGCUGAAGACAACAGGACUUUCAGAUUCCACGGCUGGUUGCAAGAGUUGCUGAAUGACUUCACCUCGCAGAAGUGUGAAGAAGUGAUAACCCGCUACCAUGACAUGUACAGUCUGACACAGUCCUCCCAGCUGACCAAGGCCCAGUUUGUGUUUGGUGUGGAGGCCAAGCUGUUGAACCUCUUGAAUGACAGCAACUCAAAAUUGUUGAAGUUGAUAGACAGGCGUGCCCAGGAGACAAAUGAGACCAUGAUGCUGGAAGUACAAGUCCACGAAGCUGAUGAGGCCAUUAAACUCUUUGUCUAUGAAAACGGCCUCGAGGGAGAGAAGAGUCUGAUGUCUGUGAUAGUGUCCGCUCUGUACACACUCAACAAACGAUAUCUACUCAUGGAAGGAGCUGCUGCAGGAGCUGGAGAUCGCCUGAUGGACCUGACCUCAAGAGACGGUGACUGGUUUUUAGACGAGCUGUGUAGUAUGAGUGGCAAUGUCAAUCAGUUUCUGGAGACUCUUAACCGCUACACGCAGGUUCAUGCGCUGGGCCAUGUGAAGAGCUUACAGCACAGCCUCAAGGCAACACACAAUGUCUUCAUGGCUUUACAGGAUCUGAACAUGAAUUUCCGUUCUAUCAUUCUGCCCGAGGCCUUGAAAACUGACCCAAGCUCAAGAUGA